AUGGAAGAGGCAUUGGACUGGGUAUCCGAGAAUCAAGGCAUCGCUGCCUUGACUUGGGUUGCUCUGGUGUUUGCCACUGCUGUGUUUUGGUUCACCACCAAAGGAGAUUCGGAGGCUGCGGUCGACUUUGAAGUUCCUUUGCCUAAGCAACUGGAAGAUGGAUGGCAAGGAGAGGUGUUGAGGGAGCCGAGUUUGAAGAUUUCGGGCUCCUCAGCUGUCCAGUGCUACUGCCCAGCAACAGGCCAACUCCUCGGUGUCAUCAAUCCCUCCACUCCUGACGGGAUCGACAGAUCCAUUGCGCGUGCUCAAGAAGCCCAGCAUACCUGGGCACUAACGACAUUCUCGCAACGCAGAAAAGUGCUCAAGACGCUGUUGAAAUACGUUCUCACCCACCAAGACGAAAUCGCCACAGCAGCAUGUCUAGACUCUGGCAAAACACGCGUAGACGCCCUCUUCGGUGAACUGCUUGUCACAGCAGAGAAGCUUAAAUGGACCAUCGAUCACGGCGAAAAAGCACUCAAACCAUCUUCUCGACCUACUAAUCUGCUGAUGAUGUACAAAUCCAACUCUGUCGUCUACGAACCUCUAGGUGUCGUUGCCGCAUGCGUUAGCUGGAACUACCCUUUCCACAAUCUGAUCGGCCCUAUCAUCUCGGCGCUGUUUACAGGCAAUGCAAUCAUUGUCAAGGGAUCUGAGCAGUCGGCUUGGUGUUCGGUAUUUUUUGCUGAUAUUGUGAAGCAAGCAUUGGUCGCUUGUGGGCAUAGUGCUGAGUUGGUGCAUGCGGUCACUUGUUGGCCGACCACUGCCGAACACCUUACUUCUCACCCUGGAAUCUCGCAUCUCACGUUCAUCGGCAGCAAACCCGUGGCUCACCAUGUCUGCACUUCAGCCGCCAAGUCCUUGACGCCUGUGGUGGUGGAGUUGGGAGGUAAAGAUGCUGCUAUAAUUCUCGAUGCACCCAAUGGAAAAUCCAUGGCCAGAUCUGAAUUGCAGAGGAUCGAAAGCAUCAUCAUGCGUGGAGUCUUCCAAUCUGCAGGUCAAAACUGCAUCGGUAUUGAACGCGUGGUCGCCAUGCCUUUGGCCUACGAGUACCUUCUCUCCGUACUGCCUUCUCGCAUCCGCUCUUUGCGUCUCGGCAACGCCCUUGCCUCCUCUGAUGUCGACGUCGGCGCCCAAGUCAGCCCUGCCAAUUUCGGGAAACUUGAAUCUCUCAUUGCGGAAGCUGUAGCUCAAGGCGCAACUCUGCUUGCAGGCGGCAAACGACACAUCCACCCCGAGUAUCCACAGGGCCAUUACUUCACUCCUACUCUGCUUGCAAACGUAACGACAGACAUGCGUAUUGCGCAGGAGGAAUGCUUUGCCCCCAUCUGCUUACUCAUGCCCGCCUCUUCCCCCAGCGACGCCACCACCAUCACAAACUCCACAAUCUACGGUCUCGGCUGCAGUAUCUUCGGCCCUGCCUCCUCUCCUCUGCAACAAGUCGCUGCAGCCGUAAAAACAGGCAUGGUAGCCAUCAACGACUUUGCAGCAUACUAUGCCGUUCAACUUCCCUUCGGCGGUGUCGGAGGCAGUGGCUACGGACGAUUUGCAGGUGAAGAAGGACUAAGGGGUUUGUGUAAUGCAAAGAGUAUUUGUGUGGACCGAUGGCCUUGGGGUGUCAAGACUGCUAUUCCUAAAGGGUUGGAUUAUCCAAUGAGAGAGACGGCGUGGGAGAUGGGUAAGGGGGUUGUGGAGCUGGGGUAUGGAGAGACGGCUUGGAGGAAGGUGAGGGGGUUGAAGAGGAUGAUUGGUGGUAUGUGA